UGACUUCAGCGCUCCCACUUUUGGCCGACUUCUCAGCCCAUCGGCCGUUCGCGCCGCCAUGGAUCUCGCCGCCAUCUACGAGAGCCUCCUGUCGCUGAGCCCUGACCUGCCAUCUGACCACGGUGAGACUGAGUCCAGCCCAGGCUGGGCCUCCUCCGGGCUCUGGAGCCUCAGCUCUUCCGACAACAGCCCGGCUGGGGUCGGUGCCCGUCUGCCUGGCCGCUCCACCAGCCUGGUGGAGGGUCGAAGCUGUGGCUGGGUCCCGCCACCCCCAGGCUUCGCACCCCUGGCUCCCCGCCCAGGCCCUGAACUGUCACCCUCACCCACCUCACCUACUGCGACCCCCACCACCUCAUCCCGCUACAAGACUGAGCUAUGUCGGACCUUCUCAGAGAGCGGGCGCUGCCGCUAUGGGGCUAAGUGCCAGUUUGCCCACGGUCUGGGCGAGCUGCGCCAGGCCAGUCGCCACCCCAAGUACAAGACAGAACUCUGCCACAAGUUCUACCUCCAGGGCCGCUGCCCCUACGGCUCACGCUGCCACUUCAUCCACAACCCCAGCGAGGAUCUGGCUGUCCCAGGCCACCCCCAUGUGCUUCGCCAGAGCAUCAGCUUCUCAGGCCUGCCCUCCGGCCGCAGACCAUCACCACCACCAGCGGGCCUGGCAGGCCCUUCCCUGUCCUCAUGCUCCUUCUCUCCCUCCAGCUCCCCACCACCACCACCUGGGGACCUUCCGCUUUCACCCUCUGCUUUCUCUGCUGCCCCUGGGACCCCUGUGGCCCGAAGGGACCCCACCCCAGCCUGUUGCCCCUCCUGCCGAAGGGCUACGCCGGGUAACGUC